AUGCGCGUAAAUCAAGGUACCCUCUUUCCGUGGAAUGGCGACAUGUGCACAGACCAGAGUGCGAAACGAACGGAAUUUAUGAAAAUACUGUGAUAAAGAUUGAGGACUAGAUAGUACUGCCGCAUAUUUCUAUGGAAAUCAUUUAGACAAAAAGGGUCCAUAUUAGCUGAGCAUAUAUUGGAAUCUCUGUGAGCAGAAAUUUGGAGCCGAAACGCGCCAUAUAGUAAAAAGGAGAACGAUUCUCCUGUCUGUUCAAAUUAAGAUAUUACAACUUUCUGGCAUUUCAGAAGAGAGUACAUGUAUAACAUCUCAUGAUGGCUGUACAGCAAGCAUGAAGAACCCUACUUCGACUGUGUAGACACAGUUGCUUCAAAGUCGAACAAGAGCACCUGUAAACUAUAAGGAUUUGAGAGGAUUUUGGAGUGGUACAACACAGUGUCAGGCAUGGCUACUGAAGUGGCUAAACAGGCGAGCUACAGCAGCGCUGUGUUGGGACCACCAGAGAAAGUACCGCAAGACCUACUCCAGAACGAGAACCACCAGGUCUCCGAGCACGUCUCUGAGCAGGUCUCCGAGCCGGAUUCCUCGGAAUCUAAAGAGAAUGUGAACCCAUCUGCUCCUCCCCCAGGUUCACAAGACGGAAAAGACGAGGAGAAGGACGAGGAGAAGAAUUCAGAGAAAACUGAAGAUAAAAAGAAAUUUGUGCCAGCGCCUCCUCCCAAGGUGAAUGCAUGGCAUAGGAACAAGCAAACACCAACCGCUCCUGCUGUAGUGCCAAACAAUGUACAAUCGCCUACACCAGCAGCUGCUGCAGCAACAUUGGCCGCUUCAAAGCAGCAGCCCCAAAGCUCCACUCAAAGACAAUUAUCCCACAAUAAUAAAUCCCACCAGGUUAAUAAGUCCGGGGGAGGUAGGACUAACUCAAGACAGUUUAAUGGUCCGCGUGAGAAAAGUGCAAAGAGUCCAAAGGCAGAGAAGAUAGAGAAGACUUCCACGAAAGACUCCAAGGAGUCGGAAGAGAGCAAGAAGGAUGCGGCUAAGAAACGCACGGUUGAAGCCACUCCUGCUCCACCCCCUAAAGUAAAUGCAUGGACCAAAGCACCAAUAAACUCAGUUGUGCCCCCAGUGGGGCCUCCAGUGGGGAACGGUGAUGGGACGGACGACACUCCUGAUCCAACACCCGUUGCUGUCAUUACUCCAGAACCCAAGGAAAGCCCGGCACCCGUCGUCGUCGUUGCUGCGUCUGUACCAGGGAAUGCUGCUGCAGCUCCGUCCGUUGUGAAGGCUGCUUCCAAGGGCAAGAACAGUGUGGCGAGUGACUUCAAUGACUUGAACAGCUGGCCUUCUCUAGGUGCUGCAAAAAAAGAUGGAUCCGACCCCCAAUCUCCCAGACGCAAGAAGGAAACCAUCCCUUCCGGAUCCAAGACCCCUCCUGCCACCUCAACCACGCCCCCACUGGUGGCCGAGCAGGUAGAGGCUGCCCCUACGCCCAACACUUCCGCUACCAUCCCUACAGCACCUGCUACUGCUACCUCGCCUAGGUCACCUAAGCCUGCCACAGAGGACCAAGCUCCUCCACCAGCAGCUCCUGCAGUUCCUGCAACACCUGCAGCUGCUCCGGAGGUCACCAAGGUGGUCACCAAGGAGGUAACAUCUCCCAGAGUCAAGGCCCACCGGUCGACAGCGUCAUCCUCAGAGAAGGACAAGCAGACGGAGGAUGGAAAGGGUGAUGGACAGAAAGGAAACAAGAAAAAUCGUGGUAAAGGUAUAGAUUGA